CUGAAGUACCCACAGUAAUCGAUAAGACUGAGUAUCAUAAACACGUUUGUCAAUGUCAUUGUUUAUGCGCUGCAGAAGCAUAUAUUCAGAUUUUUCGAUGCUGGCAUCUACAAAUUUGUUUUUUCGUUAUAAAGUCUUUACAACAUUUCAAAAGUACGUUAAAUCUCCAUUCUGGAAAGAGAAGGAGUCUUUCAGUGAAAGGAUAAUCAUUACGAUUAAUAUUUGCUACGACUAUUUCAUUCCUGCUAGAAAGUGAAUCUGCUCAGACAAAAUUGCGUAAGAGCUAUUCAAACAAGCGAUCUAUAUUUUUUUUACCAGGCUACAAUAAAAGAAAAC